AUGAUCAGGCAUAAGGGAGGAAAGAAGAAAAAUCAUCAACGAAAAGGAGAGCGUCGACGGUUCAAAUAUCCUCGAACGGCGAUCAAUAUAGGAAUGGGAAUUGCAAUCCUCUUUGUCUUUGGAUUUGAAUAUCGAUACAUGCUGACAAUCCAUGACACUGCGGAUGAAAGUGAAUCUGACUCCUCGUCAACAACGCCCCUGAAUAAGACACGCCUGAACGUUGAUUUAGUAUCUCAUCGAAUCGGAAUGGUACCAAGGAGAAUCUUGCGCUCGGAAAGUCUUCAUGAGACUGAUGCAUUCUUACACGGCAUCCAUCCCGUGGAACGAAAAUUCUACCAAACUCAUCCCCGAGUAGUUGCUCUGGGUGACAAGGGCACCGUCAAGAAACUGAGCCAAGUGGUGAUCAUGUCUAGGAAACGAUCGUUGAAUAUGACAUUAUCUUCCAUAAUACCGAACUCUCCAGGGGAGGCUCCACUUUUAGACUUUGAACGUCCCUUUUUCGAAGAGUGUGAACAGCUUGUUUAUCCAAGGAUACAUCCCACAUGCAAUGCUCUACAUGAGAAACAUGUUGAAUCUGAUGCUACCCUGAUAUCUACAGCUGGAUCAUGGAGGACAACCUGGAGAAUAGAAGGAGACGAGGUUGCCAUGAAGAUGCUGAAUUAUGCUCGGUCCUUUGAUGAGAAAUCGGUGUAUGCACAUGCCGUGGAUGCAAUGGUCAUGGAUCAGCUUACUUCCAGCCCGUAUACUGUCAACGAAUAUGGAUUCUGUGGGCAGUCUGUCCUGACGGAAUGGGCAUCCAUGUCGGGACGCGAUCACGUCAAGUCCUACGAUGUGAAGAAUAGAGCCAGGCUAAAGAUGGCCAGAGAUCUGGCUCGUGGACUCGCUGAUUUGCAAGCAUUUCACCACUUGCACUCUUACCAUACCACCAACAGGACAGCUCUGUUUGCUCACAACGAUAUCAACAUUGCAAACACGAUAUAUGUCAAUGGAAUGGUCAAGUGGAAUGAUUUCAACAUUGGAAUCUUUCUGCGGAACGAAAAGAAUAAUAUGGCACAAGCUUGUGGAUCACCAGUUUGGUACAAGGGUGACUUGUGGCGAUCUCCGGAAGAAGUCAAGAAUCUUAGUUAUGUCGAAGUGGAACAAGCAGACAUUUACGGUUUUGGGAAUGUCUUGUAUCAAGUCAUGACCAGGCAUCAACCGUGGACACACCAUGAGCCAGUCGGGAAAUUGAGUGAGGAAGAUGUGGCAGACCGAAAGAGGAUUGGACGAUGGCCAACGAUACCGGAAAAGUACAAGAACACCUCCAAAGUGGAGAUUAUCACCUUGUAUGCUGCCACGGUGUCUUGUUUUCACCCCGAUCCACAAAAGAGACCCACUGCGUUCGAGCUGGCAAAUGCCUUUGAGAUUGUCUACGACCGUCUCAAAAACAAAGAACGGGUCGGAAGAAUGCUUCUUGGACAGUUAUUCUUUUCCAAACGCUAA